AUGUCACCCGAGAACAACUAUGACCCAUCAUACGCUGGCUCAAUUGACAAGAUACUGGUUGGUAACACAAGCAGCACCACUGGCAUUACCUUCAUACCUGGUUGGGGCUGCCAGGCAUCAGAUGUCCAGGCAUUGUUAGAUCACUUGUCGAAAGACAUCAAGGACUUCAAGGCUAUCGCUAUCAAUCUCCCUGAUCACGGACAGACUUCAACUCAACGAUGUCCCGAUCCGACUAUAUCUAACUUCGCCAACAUCCUAAUUUGCAUAUGCACCGAGCUAGGUCUUAAAGACAUCAUCUUGGUCGGUCACAGCAUGGGCGUCCGUAUCGCCGCUCAAGCCGCUCUCUUGUCUACCAAUAGCACUACGCCCACCAUCAAAGGCCUCGUCUGGAUCGACGGUAGCAAUUACACGCUAAAGACUACCGCAGCAUCAAACAUGGCAACCAUAAGCCCUGAGCAGCGAGCUACAGCUAAAGACAACAUCUUCCAGCAGAUGUUUUCAGAACGUACGCCAGAUUCAUUCAAAGCUUCUGCCAUCGCUCACGUCGCCCAGAUGGACAAGGCGUAUAGCGAGAGCUUAAUGAAGGACAUGAUCAGAUGGGACCGGGAGGAGAUGGAGAGAGUGUUUGUAAAACUUGGAGAGAUGGGAAUGCCGGUGUUGAAUUUGCAGAGUAGUGAGCCCGUGGGCAUGGAUCGUGUGCCGAUGCGGGAGGGACAGGUGUCGAGGUAUAGGUGCUGGGUUGGGGAGAAGAUGUCGGAGGGUUAUGGGUCGGUGUCGGGACGUGAGAGGGAGCGGGCAACGCCGCGUCUUAGGCAGGUUGCUGUUGUGGAUAGUGCGCACUUUCCGCAUGUCGAUCGGCCUGGGUUCGUUGCGGAGCAGAUCAGACAGUCUCUGGAAAGGCUUGGACCGCUGCGAGAUCAGGUUGAGGAGUGA